UGACAGGUGCCCGUCAAAGUAACUAAAUGUCCCACCCUCAUGUCCACGCGAAACGCCUCCAUCCCUGUUGAAACCAACAACCCUGAUCGCCUUGCACAGAUCUGGAGGAUGGAACAAGCGGGAGAGAUGGUAGGUCAAUUAAAUGGUGAAUUUUACUCUUUUAACGAUAACACAUUGUCGUAUGGCUAUAUUUCCAGUGUUGCAGACUUAUUUUUGGGUAUUGAUUCGUUUUUAUGCAACCUUUCGUGGAAACUUGAGGAAAGGUCGAACUUGAAGAAAUGGCGCGUGUUUCCACGAAAAGCCCUCAGUUAAAGUCGCAUAACCAUAGCGAUAGCCUUGGCUUGUUCAUGAGACGAUCUAGCCUCAGCGAGAAAACCCUUGGUUUUAUAUUUUCUUGAAAUGCCGAGUUCGUCAAAUUUGAAUUUUCCAAACGAGAAAUAAAGCGCAACCGACUUUCUUGUGAUAUGAUCAACCAUCAGUAUACAGCAGGGGCGCGGUUGAAAAACCUUCUCGAAUAAAAGAUCGGGCGGUUUCUAGACAUUUAAUAUUUACGUUUGGUAUGGUAUAUGGUAUGUAUUUGGCACGUUGCUUCUCAGACAUGAUUUAAAGGUGUUCAAAAUUGUGUUGUUAAAAGGAAAUGAAUCGUAGUGGAAGUUAGCUGGACAUCCGAUGGAUCUGAAUCUGGAGGUUUUGUGCAGCAAUGAUUCGCGAAUAUUCUCUAAUUAUUCGGUCCAGGAGAUCUGAUAUUUUACUGAAGGAUAUUCAAAACAGUUUUGUUAUUUUACAAAGCUAGAAAGAAUUCGAUCCAAGUUAACGUUAUACUCUUGUUUUGCUCUUAUCACUUUUCGAGUAGAAGUCGAUGUACUCACGGUGUUAGGUCGGUAGACUGUUAAUUUUUACCGUAAGUGUACUUAAGUCUGAUACAAGACUGAAAAAUAUCCUCCAAAAAGAAGCCUUCACUUUGUUUUUCCGUAACAACGUACAGUGGCAAGUAUAAGAUAAUUUUUUAAUACUUCUUUUCGUUCAAUCAGAUCCGACUAAAAACAACAACCCAAUUUGGCGUUACAGAACUCGAUUCGAGGUGGACAAGACAAAAAGCACAUAAAACUCUAGACAUGAUCUUUUAGAGAUCGGAAAGGAAAACAUAAUGAUUUUUCGCAAGUCAUCCCCCUUUACUUGCUCCUUGAUUCUGUAAUGAUUGCACAUUCAUCAUGAGCUUCUUGUUAUUGAGGGAAGCGAUUAAAGUCAUGACACUUUUCAAUCUGUCUCCCCAGAGGGGACCGGUGGUGUGUGUUUUUGUGUGUGCCCCCCUCCUCCCCACUGUAAAACAAGUGUCUCGUUAGCUCCAUGUCUAUCACUGGCGGAAAACAAGCACAAGAUUUUGAUGUUCCUAUGCUGUUUUGUCCGAAAAUGUUCAUGCACACCCAAAUAUGUUUAAAUUAUGUCCUUCAGGCUUGUUAGUUGGAUGGUACAUAUCUUGAAUAAGCCCCCACCCUUAAACUAAGUGGGUCUAGACAAGUGUGCAAUUUAUACCACUUUGCCAAUAAAUUCCUAAGAAGUGACCAUCUAUCACUAUAAAUGAAAAUCUUCAUUUAUAUUUAGGGAAUAACUGCAGUAUUCGUGCAUGCACAUUGACAUGAACUGGCUGAAAAAGUGUUAUUUAAUGUUGCUAGUUUUGUUUAAUCAUGAGGUAGUACCCACCUUAUGGUGGUCUGUUGACAUGAAAAGUGUUCAGAGUGUCACUGAGUCUUUUUGAAGGUUGAAGUUUUGCUCAGCCUUGGAGAAUGGAUAAUCCUUGUUGCCAAGAAGGUUUUAGCUGCAUAUAGUUCAAAUCUUUGAAAGAUUCCAGUUCAAGGCCAUUCACUUUGAUUUCUUCUCUGAGUACUAUAAACUGAUCCACCACACAGCAGUAGAAUCAUGCUGCUGUAACUUAACCUUACUUGGUUAACAAAGGUUCCUCCAGUAUCAAGUCAAAGACGCCAUUGUCUUUUUUUUCCUUUUGCUGACAGCAGUAUAACUUUGUAAGCUCACCAAUACCAUUUGAGUGUCCAGAGGCAAUCCUUUCAUCUCCCUUGUCUUCACCAACACCCCACACAAUGAUAAUGGACUCACACAGUGGAGUGUUUACACCAGUCCCUUGUCAGCCACGAGUGUCUACACCUUAUCCUGUCAUCGAUUCAGUCAUUUCAGGAAAAGGUAUGGCAAAAUUAAUUUGGAGAGCUUAACAAUAGAAUUAUAUUUUAUAGAUCUGCUAAUCCUAAGGAUAGUGUAGUGAGUCCUGUAGUUAAGGAAGCUAUACCACUGGUUCUUCUCUUUCGUUCUCUUCUUCUUCAAACUAGGGUUAUAAAUCAAAGAUUUAUACAAUAGAUUACCUAUUUCCUUAAGCCCUUUAAGGCCUCUCACUCCAAAAAAAAUUCGAAAGGAAAAAUUCACAAAAAAGGGUCAAAUUUCUUUUUUGUAAAAUCCAAAGAACUAAAUAUUACUAUGCAAACAUUCUGUCAAAGAAAUCCAUUUGAAUGGUAACAUUGUAGGAUUUUUUCCACUGAUUCAAGAAGGGUAACAAAUAAUCUUGCCAUAACAUGGUCUAUAGAAGCAAAAGGGUUUAGCACCAGCUCUGAGAGAGAUGGAAAAAUAAAGCAGAGUGUGGGAAAGGCCUCAACUGUUUCUAACUGUUAACACUCUCUUAAUUGUCUUACAAAUAAACCUAAGGCAAUUUGAGAGGAGAAUCAGGCAUUCAUCAGAAAUCAGUUUGAGCUAAUUUCCAGGCACCAAUUGUGACACAGAAACUUUGAGAGUUGAACAAAUAAUUGUUGCAUUCCCAUUUAAUGUGUUCAAAGAACUGACUUGUUAUUUGCAAAUAAAGCUGGGAUUUCUUACUGCCCAUUUAAAAGGAGCCAGCAAAUAGCAUGAAUAGGGUGGGAAAAUUAAGGGGAAAAUAGAAGUAGUUCCUUUGCACCUCAUGUUCCAUUUGAAUGGAUGCAACAUAGUCCUCAGGUCUCCUUAGUCCCAACCCAGAACUUUCUAGUAACAAACAAAAUUAUACAAUCUUGCAGCCAACGAAGCUUGAUACCUGGAAAAAUUAAAUUGAACUUUGUGCAACACAGUUUACUGCAUUCAGGCCUAAUUUUAAGUCGCAAAAAUUUUUCCUGGUAGUCAGGGAAAUCUGCCAGCAAAUGGUCUUGUCUUGCCUUCCAGUUCUAGAAUCUCUGGAAGUCUGCAGGUUAUCUGUGAACUUUAAUGGAAGCUUACCCCUUACAAUAUUAAAUAAAAGAUGAACAGCUGGUUCAACCUUGCUAUUGGCAUCUCUUAUUUGGAAUGAAGAAUAUUCUAGUUACAGAAGUGAUAUAAAAAUACUUUUAAGGUAAGGUUUUCUGAGGUAAAGAUUGUAAAACUUUUACAAGUGUAAUUUACAAUUAAAGCUAUUGUUUUAGGGUCCAAAAACAAUAGCCACACUUGUAAAUUACACUUGUAAAAGCUUAUUAAAAUAUUGUCCCCUGUUAUCAGUGGUAUCAUUUUUUGAAUUUUUUGUCUCCCUAUUUAGACUGGCCUGCAGCCCUGUCACCAGAAAACAGAAUUUUUCCCUCAUCUUGGAGUUUUGAACCCGCUGUUAAUAUUGGUCAGGAGUGUCAAUUAGGCUCAGUGUUGCCAGUGACAACUACCACUUCUUACUCUCUUCAUCAUUACACAUUCCCACAAACUUGGCAGCAUGCUGUCCCAACACAAAAUCUAAGGUAGAAAUAAUAUUAACUUUGUAUUUCUGAUACCAUAAAAUUCCGAAAAUAAGCCCCGGAGCUAUAUACUUUUUAAAGGCCGUUUUUCAGGGGCUUAUAUUCAGAGAGGCUUAUCUAUGGAGGGAAAUUUCCAUUUCAAAAUCGAUUGGGCUAACCUUAUAGUUGGAAGGAAAUUUACUGUUUUUGCUUUGUUUUACUUUGUAUUUGAGGGCAAUCUCCAAGUACAAGUCCCUGGGGGUGCUUAUAUUUGGAGGGGCGAUUUAACAGAGGGUUUUUUGGUUACAAGUUUGGGGGGUUUAAAUAUUAAGGAGGGGCUUACACAUGGAGGGGCUUAUUUUCGGAAUUUUACUGUAUGUUUAAUACUGUCUUUUUAUAACCCCUAAUAGGUAGAUCAAUCCAGACUGAAAAAAGAAAAACUUGAAUCCCAGCUUGUCCUUAAGGGCAAGCAGCCCUCACAUUUUGUUUGCCCUUGGCCUCUUUUUUCUUGUCUUAGUAAAUGAUUUUGCCAGAGGAUGACUUAGCUUCCCAUCCUGGACUACUGAAGAGGGCUUUUUUAAAAAAUAUUUCAAAAGCUAUUGUGUAUUUGUGAUCUGAAUAUAAUUUGUUAGUAUCCUAUUUACGUAAUGUUCUACAACUUGUGAGCUUUUGUGGCAAAAACCUUAAAACUGAUAAUGUGGGGAUUUUUUCAACUUACAGAUAUUACAGAGAAGUUAUAAAAAGGACAAUAAGACAAACAGCUGCUCAUUACCCAAAAUAUCUGACUACCAUGUAGAUCUGCCACCCUCUUUUCACAGACUUGGUUAAUUUCUAUCAAUUUUAAUUGCUGCACUUUGAAACUAUUAAAUGUUUCAGAUUUACAAAUUAAUCAGCUGCAUGAAAGAAUAUAAUUAUAGAGCUCUGGCAGUCAAAACAGUUUCGAUGUAUCAUUCUGUGGAUGGACAGAGCAAAACAGAGCAGAUCUUCCCUUUAUGCAAGUAAAAAAAAUUACCUAGUAAUACCUGUGAAACUGCGAAAAUGUAUGUUUAGUCAGGAGUUACUCCCUCAAGGUUAUGAAGGACCUUGGUUCUGACAUGCUGAGAAUUAAUUCUACUUUGGCAGUUGCACAAUUUGUGGGAAAAGGUAGAUUAAUUAAGUUUUUAACUAGAUGUCAUAAUGAAAACAGCAUUGUGGAAUUUAAGGAGGCCCAAUGUAAAUUAAUAGAUUUAUUUUUCUUGCAGUGGGUAUAGCCUUCAGAACAGCGAUUACUGGUAUCCAGGGGACUCACCACUGAUAGAUGAGGUAAAAAUAUCAAAAUAGUGUUAAUAUUAUUGGGAAUCCUUUCAUUCCUGUAUAAGUGGCCAAAGAAAAAGUCAGAAAAAUUUCAAAUUUCUUUUUGUAAAAUCAUAAGAAAUAAAUAGUACUUUGCAAACGUUGUCAUGCUAGUGAGGAUUCUUUUGAAUGGUAACACCAUGAGAUUUCAUCCACAGAUUGUAAAGUUAAAGUGGCAUAAUUUUAAAUAAUUUCUCCAUAACUUGAUCCAGGAGUGGAAGCUGGGGUCGACUAAGACACUCAUGAGUAUACGGAACAUGAUUCUUGUAAAAUUUAAGAAAGUUAAUUUUUGAACUUCUUUUUUGUAAAUAUAGUUUGGAACUGCUGAUGAAGAAGGUGAAAUCAUUGAACAAGAUUCCAAAGUAACAUCAAGUACAGAAUUUGGUAAAAGAACUUUUUUUCUAUGCCUCAUUUAAUACUGAGUUUUAGGUAAUUACCAGGUAUGGUUGAGGUGUAAACAUUUCAUUAGCUGGAGUGACAAAGUUAACAAGUAAUUUGUGAAAAAAUUAUGCCAAAAUAAAUGUUUACUAGUUUGUCAGAAAAUGUAUUUAUAUACUGCUCAGUACUUAACUAAAAAUACCCCUAUUAUCAAUAAUGGCAGUACUUAUGAUUAUAUAUGCAAGUAAAUUGUUAUUAAUUUAUGUUAUUUUAAACCUCAUCAGGAUAUAAAAAAUGUCAGCCUUACUUGGAGAUCAGUGCAAACGUGGCUGCCACAAAAAAACAAGAAACUCAAAGUACUGGUUUCGACAGAAAAGGUAUGUUGUUUAUAAGAGUUGGUUAUUAAGUGUAAAUUUGCAGUUUGAAUUUUUUUUGGAGAAGUUAAGUUAAAUAAUGCAGUAAAUGUUUUAAAUAAAUCAUAGUGUCAUGACUACAAGAAUUUAUAGCACUCCCUCAAUCAUAAUAACUACUCAUAAUUUUUUUUUCAAACUCUUAAGCCACAUCAGGAUAUGAAAAGUGUCAGCCUCAGAUACAGUUCAGCGCCAGUAUUCCUGCCAAAAUAACACAAGAAAGCAAAAGUGCUGCAGGUUUUCACGGUAAAGGUAUUUGACAUGUGAAAUUAGAGAGCUUUAGAUUCGAGGAAGACGACAACUAUAAAUGAGGACAGCAUUUAAUUUUAAGUUUUCUCGCCUAUAUUCUCUAAAAACAAUCACCCUGGAAAGCAUCAUUAUACUUUUUUUCACCACAAAAGUUAGUUUGCUUAUUUAUGUUGAAGGAGGUAAAGCCCUUUGCCGAUUGCUAAAUGAUUUGAUAACUUGUUUUCACCACUAUAUGACAUUCUCGCUAAAACUCGUAGUAGAAUGAUGAUGACUAUCACAUUUCCUGCUAAAAUGACGUUGGUUUGCAAGCGCCCACUACUUAGUAUUGCGAAAAUCUCAUUCCUGUAGUCGUCCUCGUCUUAGAAUCUAAACCUCUCUAUUAUCCUUUGUCACUUUUAAUAUAUGGUAUUGGUAAUUGAACAAGCCCUAAAAAAUGUUGUGAGACUGUAUCUUUUGCAGUACCCUCCACCCUUCCUCCCCAUGCCCCAUAAACACAAGUUGAUCCAGUCCAUAUGUAGUAUAACAUGGGUGUGGCUCAGGACAUUAUGCAAAGUCUUACAUGAGGUACAGACCGUCAAAAUUCGCCUUUUUUAGCAAAAUAGCCUAGUUAUUGAUGAAAGACAUUAAAAUAUGCCAGGAACACUGUACUAUAGAAAGUUGUUUUUUUUUUGGGGUAGGCUCAAUACAAAAGUGAAACAGAAAAGUUUUAUUGGAGAGAUUGGGUUUGGAAACUUGUGUAUAAUCCAAGAGAGUUGGUAUAUAUUAUGACCUUUGUCUCAAAACAGGUUUAAAUUAGUGAAAAUGUACUACCCGAACUUUCACUAAAUACUUACAGUUAAUGUAGAGAGGCAUUUCCAGACUUACCACCUUAGUAAGAUUCCUGUCAUUGCUAGAUCUUCAUCAGGACAAUUAAUUAAUUGUUAUGCUAACAGUGCUACAGUUUCUAUGGAAGCUUGUGCCUUUAAGCAUAGUCAUCACAACAUUAAUUUGCUAAUUUUCUAUCAACAGAGGUAAGAACUCAAACCCCUUGGAAAUUAAAGAGGCCUAAGUUAACUUCAGAUACUCAAAGUCAGGACAAGAAGAAGUGCAAGAAGCCAAGGAAGAAAGUAGAUCCAAUUAACUAUUUGCAGCAAAAAGCCAUGUAAGUCUUAUGACAGAUUAAUUGGGUAGCAUCACAUUAAAUCUGGAUUUAUAUGCAGUUUCUUUCCUGAAAUAUUAAUUUUAUAUCUUGCAUUUAAUGCCCUGUGACUUAUCAUGACCUGUACAACUAAACCCAUACCACUUAAACGUCACUUAUUUGUGAAGAACAUAUGAAAGGUGCUUGUCACAUGAAAGCUGUAUCAAUAAUUCAGGAGCCUUUCUCAUGGAUGAUAAACUUCAGGGCCCCUCUGGACACUAGCUAUAAUGUUGAAUGGACUAAGUUACUUGGAGUACACUUACUUGCUCUUGAGCAGUGGGCAGGCAUAACUUUUAGGAUAGUUUUUGAAUGGACUAAGUUACACACAUUACAGCAGUGGGCUUUAACUUUUAACACUUAUAAUGUUUGGACUAAGUUAGUUGGAGUAGCUAUUGAGCAGUGGGCACUAUCACUAUUGUUUUGAACAUACACACGUACAUUAACUUUAUUUAAACUUAAGUUUUAGUGUAGCCAUACUGAGCACUCUUUGAAGAGCAAAAAACAUUUUGACCAUAUUGUAUUUGCAGGCAAAGAAAGAGAGAAAAAGCUAUUAGAGACAAGCUAGAACACCUGAGUAACAUGUUACCAUGGGUGGAACUAAAAAGAAACCGUCCAUCAAGGAAGGAAAUACUUGAAAGGGCAAUAAGUCGUAUCAUACAGCUACAAGAAGACAUCCGAGAAGCCUAUCUGCAAAAAGGGCUCAAGACGGAAGAUGUGAAGGCUGCACUGCAAGACAACUUGAUGAUCAAUCUCAGUGAUGGUCCUCUUGACACCACUGAUCCAGCCAAUGAGGUGUCCACAAUUUCUGAUGAAUCCAGUAGCUUCCCAGGCACUCCAGAACUUGUCAUCAACGACAGUGUUCCAGUUACAUUACCUUCGCCAACCUCAGAAGUGGGAAGCCAGGAAUCAGAGGAACCAGUGGAGGUCGAAUGUGCAGUGAAAGGAGUCAAAACUGAUGAAAUGACUCCACAUGUUAAGAGGCCAAUGAAUUCAUUCCUACUGUUUAGUAGAGAGUACCGUGGCUUAUUCAAACGGCUGUAUCCAGGCAAGGAUAAUCGCAAGAUCAGCACCCUUCUUGCUGAGGCGUGGCGAAGAAUGAAACCUGAGGAGAAACAGCCUUACAAGGACAGACAGAAGGAACUGAUGCGAUUAACUAAAGAGUCACAUCCUGAUUUUAAAUAUUAAUACUUAAGGAGUAAUAAGAGGUGGAAGAUGUAAGUACCAUGUUUUGCUUUAAAGCAGUGGUCAAAUGCAUGAACGUUUGAUCUUUUCUAACUCUUUUUUCUUGAAAACGUAUUUUUUGUUUUAAAGCAAUUGUCAACAAUUUUUUAGUUAGUACUAUGGGUAGUAUGAGGAUUUGCCUCACACUAGUGUUAAUCUGUUUAUUAGUAUCAUCUGCAAAAACAGAAGUAAGUGUGACACUUUUUUAUAAAGGAAGAUCGAAAUUAGUUAACCCUUUUAAUCCUAGAUUAUGACUUGUUAUGGCAAGAUUGUUACUUUAGGAUUUUACGAAAGGUAAUCAUUUAGGAUUUUUUUAUGAUUUCUUUAGCCUUUUUAAAGACUGUUCCCAUAUUCCGGUGAACAAAGGUACCACUUCCAGGUUUGGGGUGACAGAAAUUGAGACAGUGAUUUAUAUGUAAUAGAGUCAAGCAGUGGUGGUGUCAUGGAAACUAGAUUUAAGAAAUUAUCCGACUGGGU